GAACUAUUCGUUUACAAUAAAUCGUAUGAGCAAUAUUUAAUUUUGAUUCUUCGUACCAUUCUUUCUCAAGCAUUUACAAUCGACGUCCAACAUUAACCACCUGUUCUGUUCUUCAUUUCUCAUUCCCCAGAUAUUCUUGACCUGCAGAACCCCAGAUUAUCAGCAACCACCGACAUCAUGACAGGCCUAUCCCAGUUGAUCAGGCCACAGUCACUGGCUCCUCCACUGUUCAAGAAGAGAUCGCAGAAAUCACCAAAUCGGCCUCCUGCAUCUCUCGACUGCCAAAUUGAUACUUCUCCGAUCGUCAUUGUCAAUGACGAUGCUACUGAUGGCUCUACUAUCUCGGGCUCACUACUUUUCAACGUUGAAGAAGCCAUCGAGGUUGAUAGCCUCUUUGCCACAUUGCGAGUUCAUGUGGUUAACAGAAAGCCUUUCAAGAGAACAUGCAAAGCAUGUAAGCACCAAGUAAUAGAGCUCAAGCGCUGCCAUUUCAUUACGACGACGACCUCACUUGACUGCAACAAUUACACGUAUCCUUUCUCUUACCAAGUGCCAAGUUAUGUACCUCCCUCUAUGGAUACGUCACUUGUUUCCGUCACAUACGAAUUCCAGGCUGUAACAUCCAUACGACGGACAGGAUCACUGUCAAAACUGCCAGAGAUCAUCACACUCAACCGCACUCUUCCCGUCGCAAGAUCAAUACCAGUGCCAAGUAAACCUUUAUUAUCAACUCGGAUAUACCAAGCUGCUGGAAUCGAGGUCGGCUGCAGUUUCGAUCCUGUCCUUGACCCCAGUGGCAAGAAUUAUGUGAAACUCACUAUGAGCGGCCUUCGAAGCUGUCCUGACAAUGGGGAGGACAUUCAGUUCUGGCGUGUAUGUAAAGGCACCUGGAUGCUUCAGGAGAACAUCAAGAGCACAGCCGUGGCUUGUUCGCAGCACGCACAAGAAUGUCAAGCAGACGAAAAGAGCCACGCACAAAAGAAGACAAUUACUAUAGGCGAAUCUUCGUUCUACGACGGGUGGACCACGGACGACGCUGCAGGAACACUCAGCAUGGAGUUUCCCUUCUUUAUCAAGAAAGCCUCCAGGUUCACCCAAGAUACCGGCGAUGUCGGCGACACAUCGGUCACCCAUUCCCUGGUGCUAGAGCUACAGCUGAUGAAGGAGAUUUAUCCCCAAGGCAACCCAGAUCUAUCUGUCAGGAGUGGAGUAGGUCGGAUCCUUCGAUCUGAGCAUCGGGUCGUGUUGAGCGACUUUGCCAGGCCUUCGGAUCAUGUUGAGGAGGAGAGUUUGCCCUGCUACAGUGAUCUCCGGCCUGGACCACCACUGUACCAGGAGAAGGAUUCUGAGUAGUUAAUGGUGCGGGAAUUUUUUAUCUUAAUCAGACAUUGAAGAUGGAGGGAAAGGUAGUUGAGAGUUUCAUGGCUUAAAGCGUAACGAUACCAAAUUCAUUUACUAAAUAUACUGUCAAUUUUUCGCA